CUCGGCCUCAACUUUGAUGGAUAAUUUUCGUUCUCAUCAAGCUCAACUCAUUGCUACUGCCCUUGCUGCCUCGGCCGCAACUGCAGGACUUAUUGCCUCAUAUAAUGCCUAUACACGUCGAGCGAAGAGAAAAGAUUUAAAUGACGAAGUUCUGAGAUCUAUACAGUCAAAUGGAUCCAACUUCAAUAUCCAGAAGCUCCAAUUGUCAAAUUCUGAAGAUGGGCUUUCUUUUCCUCCGAAGUCUUUAGAAAGCUCUGGAAAUAUGUACAAUGAAGAACUCAUACGGGAGCAGCUGGCAAGGAAUUAUGCUUUCUUCGGAGAGGAAGGAAUGAAGAAAGUUCGAGGCGGAGCAGUAGUUGUCGUUGGAUGCGGAGGUGUUGGAAGUUGGGCUGCAGUUAUGCUUGCUAGAUCUGGAGUGUCAAAAAUUCGCCUCGUUGACUUUGACUAUGUCACCCUCUCAUCAUUGAAUCGUCAUGCUACUGCUUCGCCAGAAGAUGUCGGCACACCAAAAGUUAGAUGCAUAGAGAGAACACUGAAGUCCGUGGCAAAGUGGAUCGAGGUAGAUGCCAGAGUUGAGAUAUGGCGUAAGGAGGAAGGAGGUGUACUGCUUGAGGGCGCAGAUUGGGUUAUAGAUGCUAUUGACAAUAUUCAAACAAAAGUCGACCUCUUGAAAUACUGUACCGACAACAGUAUCAAGGUGUUUGCAUCCAUGGGUGCUGGUGCCAAGUGUGACCCGACUCGCGUUCAAAUUAGUGACAUCUCAUAUACUAUAUACGAUCCCCUUGCACGCUCUGUUCGUCGCCGCCUUCGUCUCCUUGGUGUAUCGUCCGGCAUUCCCGUCGUGUAUUCAACAGAAGUUCCCAGUGAAGUUAAGCUACUUCCUUUAGAUGAGGAAGAAUUCAAAAAGGGUCCAGUCAAAGAAUUGGGAGCAUUCGACGAUUUUCGCGUACGGAUCUUACCUGUCCUAGGCCCAUUACCAUCCAUUUUUGGCCUUCACAUUGCAACCUACAUUCUUUGUGAGCUGGCCGGAAAACCGAUCGUGAAUCCCCUUCCUAUCAAAGCUCGGAGAAAACUCUACGAACGGCUCUGGAAGGAUCUAUUGCAUCGAGAAGAGAAGUUGGUUGGUCAUACAUUGAACCGGAUUCCACUUGACGAAGACGACAUUGCAUUGAUAUUCGAAGAUAUAUAUCGCGGAAGAUCUGUCAUACCUCCCCACGAAGUACCGACUAAGCCAGCGCUUGUCCGCUGGGAUCUCACGCAACCUCUUACAUUGAAGAACUGUGUCGUAAUGGAGGAAAAGGACACGGUGAAGCAUAUCGAGGCCUGGUAUGCAUGGCUUGAGAAGACAAAUGAUGAAGAUGCUCUGUUCUCACCCGCGGGCAUAUGGGGAAGUGAAGUGGAAGAGGUGGUUACGAAGAGAGCGAAGGAGAUAGAGAGUGUGCAGGAAUGGAGAGCGUAG